GACUUGUGUCUGUACCUGCUCAGCCAGCAAGCAAACCCAUUGGACAAGGACAACAAGGACUUUCGGCUGGGAACACACGUGAUUUCAGCCCGAUGUGUCGAGAUUCCAAGCUUAAAUUUGUUGGCCUAUUUGCGCUUCCUGACUUUGUUUCGCAGAUGA